AUGGAAGUAGGUCUGCAGCUGGACGGGAGGGGGGGGGCUGAAGGUGAAACCGGAGCUGGAAAGCACGUCCCACGAGCCAUUUUUGUGGAUCUGGAACCAACAGUUAUAGAUGAAGUGCGCACAGGAACCUACAGGCAGCUGUUUCAUCCUGAACAGCUGAUCACCGGAAAGGAGGAUGCGGCUAAUAACUACGCUCGUGGCCACUACACCAUCGGCAAGGAGAUCAUAGACUUGGUACUGGACAGAACAAGAAAACUGGCUGACCAGUGCACAGAUUACUAUAAAAUCCUGGGAGUCCCUAAAGCUGCUUCACAGGAGGACAUUAAAAAGGCUUACAGAAAAUUGGCCCUGAGAUGGCACCCAGAUAAAAACCCAGACAACAAGGAAGAAGCAGAGAAAAAGUUUAAAGAGCUUUCAGAGGCCUAUGAAGUUUUGUCUGACAAAAUUAAGCGUGGUUCCUAUGACAGAUACGGAAGCGAUAAUUUUAGGCACACAGGAUCAGCAAAUACAGACUUCUCAGAUUUCCCAGGAUUUACUUUCACAUUCCGAAACCCAGACGAUGUGUUCAGGGAAUUUUUUGGAGGCCAGGAUCCAUUUGCUAAUUUUUUUGAUGAUUUCUCUUCAUUUGGUUCGACUUCUCGCAUGGGUCCCAGUAGGUUCUUCUCCUUCCCUUCAGCAGGUGCGGACUUCACAUCCUUCUCGAUGGGCGGCCUCAGUGACAUGGACAGUAUGGGUGGAGGAAUGAGCAAUUUCAAAUCCGUUUCCACCAGCACUCGUAUCGUGAACGGCAAACGCACAACUACUAAAAAGAUCAAGGAAAAUGGCCAGGAGAGGGUUGAAAUUGAGGAGGAUGGAGUUUUGAAGUCUGUCACAAUAAACGGUGUGGCGGAUGAGAUGGCGUUGGCCUUGGAGUUGAGCAAAAGAGAAAGUCCAACGCACAAGCCUCCGAUCCACCCACAAUCCUCGGAUCGGCUUCCUCCGCCCUCGACGCCUCACCGCUCAUUCAGCUCUGCUCCGUUUUUCAACUACACGGGCAAACGUGAACGACUUUUUAUCAGAGUCAGACUUCGAGGCCUUCACGAGCUAACCCUGCCCAGAGGUCAAAAAUCGCUUGAUGCACUUGACUUCACAACAUGA